AUGGAGGAGUUCAGUUAUUUUGAAGAAAGACCACUUACUGAGAAGUUGCCUGUACAGACUUUUAAGUCUACUUCUGAAACUGAACUGUGAUAUUAUCUUUUUCUUCCCAGGAGAACAGACACUGAAUUGUGUGAAUACAUAAAAAAAAUAAUAGACCACCCACUAUUCAAGUCUCUUAUGAUCAGCACCAUCACACUCAAUGCAAUAUUUUUGGUUAUAGAGACUGAUUUUAAAGUUCGAUCUGAGUCACAUUACUUCCUGGAGGUAGCAGAUCUGAUUAUUUUAGCCAUCUACACCACAGAGUUUCUGCUGAACCUUUACCUGGAGCCCAUAGAUUAUUGGAAGGACGGCUAUAAGCGAUAUGAUGCAGCUGUCCUUUUCUCUGCUUACCUGUUAUAUUUUAUAGACAGAAGCAACCCACAAAAGUACAGAUUUUGGAACCUGGUGAAAGGAUUCCAAGCACUCCGGAUCCUCAAACUUGUCUACUAUAGCACAGGAAUGACGGUUCUGAUGACAGCCCUGGGCCAGACUGUGAAGAAUGUGAUCUACGUCCUUGUCUUAUUAUUCCUAUUAAUGUAUAUCUUUGCAAUUCUGGGUCAUGAUUUGUAUGGAGAUCCUGACACAGGAGAUAUAAAGAACUGGGGGAACCUGCCAUCCGCCUUUUUCACUCUUUUCAGUUUAGUAACGGUUGAUGGCUGGACAGACUUGCAAGACGAAUUGGAUAACAAGGGGGUCACCUCAAGCCGGGCCUUCACAAUCGUCUUUAUACUCUUAGGAUUUUUUGUGUUUUUCAAUAUGUUCAUUGGAGUUGUCAUUAUGGAUAUUCAGGGUACAACUGAAGAAUAUGAGAGGAAGCUUCAAGCAGAGAGGCGGGCUACUCUUCAUACAAAGAAGCAGGCUAUAUUAAGAAGGCAACAAGAAGAAAUCAAUGCAUUAAUCAGUGAGCAGAAAUCGAGUGAAUAUAAAACCUUCAAUGAAUUUGUAGAAGACUUUAAAAAAACACUGUAUCAUACAGAUCCAAUGAUCCUAGAAGAAUUUUGUGCCACUAUACCAUUCAUCGAUCUGUAUUUGACAUCUCUAGAUCGUCAGGAUGCCACGGUUUUUAAGCUGCAAGAACUCUAUUAUGAAAUUGUUGCUACUUUGAAUACCCUGCUGAAAGAGGCAAACGAGAAGUCUUGGCAAUCUUUGCAAUCCCUUCGGUCAAGAAGCAGCCAUUCUAAAUAA